UGUGUGUUUAGAAUCUUUAUCUGCGUUCAAGCAAAAUGGCUGAAAUUGCCCUCACCUUCCUUGGCCCUGUUCUAGAGGAAGCACGUUCCAGGUUGAUUUCAUUUGUUGCUGGUUUGCUCCAGAAAGCACGAGGUUUCGAGGAUGAGGUGAUGAGACUUAAACAUUUACUUGAAUUCAUCCAGUCUGUGGUCGAAGAUGCCGAGGCAAAACAAGAAAGUAAUGGGUUUAUAAGGCGCUGGUUAGAAGAACUCAAAGAUCUAGCUUAUGAUGCGGUGGAUGUACUUGAGGAGUAUGAUUAUGAUCGUCAUCAUGACAAAGUUCAAACUGGAGGCAUAAAGCGGAAAAUGAUGGCACUCACCUCUUUUACCUUCGGUUCUUGUAUUGGUGAAAAAAUUAAGGAGAUUAAUGUGCGCUUUGAUGAAUUAAAAGAGCGUGCAGGUCCACUUAAUCUAGCAUCAAGAUACCAGUGCCAUCCAACUGCUAGGCAAUAUCCCAACACAGACUCCUUUCUUGAUAAUUCAAAAGUUUUUGGAAGGGAUGGUGAUGUCUUGGCAAUUCUUAGCCUGUUGGACAACUUAAAGAGGGACCAUCCCAUCUCUGGCAUUUCUAUAGUUGGCAUGGCGGGCCUUGGGAAGACAACAAUGGCAAGAUCAAUAUACAAGAAGGCAAAGGAAGAAAAACUUUAUGAUCUUGUAGCGUGGGUGUGUGUCUCUGAGGACUUCAAUGGCCAAGCAAUCUUGGGGGAGAUGUUGGAACACUUUAAGGAUGGUGGUACUUCAAGGAACAAUAUCAAUGUACUGCUUCAAGAUCUUGCCAAAGAACUAGACAACAAGACUUUUCUUCUAAUUCUUGAUGAUGUGUGGAAUGAAGAUCAGUCCAAGUGGGAUGAUUUCAGCUCUCGUCUCUCCAAAAUUUUGAAGACGACUGGGAAUUCUAUUGUUGUGACAACUCGUAGUUUACAAGUAGCAUCUGUUAUGGAGAUACUUCCUAUGCAAAACUAUGAAAUGCAGAAGCUAUCAGAUGGGGAAUGUUGGUCGAUAAUUGAGGAGACAGUUCUCAGAUCAUCUAUAGAAACUUCAAUUUCUUUGGAAUUGAAAGCUAUUGGACAAGAAAUUGCCAAACAGUGUGAGGGCUUGCCGCUAGUUGCAGCUGUAAUCGGAGGAACAUUGAGCCGUCAAAUUGAUACGGAUAAGUGGUUGGCUAUCAGAAAUAAUAAUGCAUGGAAUUUAGAUCCCCAUGAUAGAAAUAAGAUUUUAUCUGUGCUAAAAAUAAGUUUUGAUCGUUUGCCUUCACAUUUGAAACGAUGUUUUUCUUAUUGUUCAAUAUUUCCAAAGGAUUUUGUCAUUGAAAAAGAUGAUUUAAUUCAACUUUGGAUGGCUCAGGGAUUUCUGCACCAACCUAAUGAGAGCUUAAUGACAAUGGAGGAUGUUGGUAAUGAGUGCUUUUGUGAUUUAUUAUCUAACUCCUUAUUUCAAGAUGUGGAAAAAGAUGAAUAUGAGAAUAUCAUAUCUUGCAAGAUGCACGAUGUAGUGCAUGAUUUGGCAUUGUCCGUUUCAAAAGGUGAUACUUUUGUGUGGGAGACCAGUUGCAAAAUUGACCAAAAUGCUAAAAUUCGACAUUUGAGAGUUAAGCAUCACAGAAACGAGUGUCUAAUCAUUCCAAGAGGAGUUGCUCAAAGGUUGCAUUCUUUGUUCUUGGAAGAGGUUGAUGUUCUCAAUUCUAAUGCUUCUGAUCUCAAAAGCCUGCGAGCUUUAAAAAUAGUUGGAGCUAAGGGGGAACAGUUGCCAGAUGCUUUUAGCAGCCAGAAGCAUUUGAGAUACCUUGACAUCUCAGAAAGCCAAGAGAUUGAAGCACUACCAAAAUCCAUUUUCAAGCUCUACAAUUUGCAGACUUUUAGAUUUAUGAAUUUAUUUUUUCUGCAGGUGCCUCUUGAUAUGAGAAAUCUAAUCAACUUAAGACAUAUUUGUUUUGAUGGUCUCAGUUGUAAUCCAACCAGGGAGAUUGGGAAUUUAACAUCCCUUCAAACCCUAUCAAAAUUCUUUGUAGGCGAGGAAAAGGGAUGUACAAUUGUUGAACUUGGACCAUUAAGCCAACUUGGAGGGAAAUUGGAAAUUAGCGGCCUUGAGUCCGUGAAAUCUAGAGCAGAAGCAACUAGAGCAAAGUUGGAAGAGAAGAUAAAAGUGUGCGAGUUGGAAUUCAGAUGGGAUAGAACUAAAAUAGGCGGCAACAACAAUAUUGAUGAGGAGGUUCUAGAAGGUCUUCAGCCUCACUCGAAUUUGAAAAGACAUUUUGUGUUUGGCAUUGUUACCAAGUCUCGAGAUUCUUCAUAUUUCAAUGGCAAAGGUAGAGCAUAUGGGUAGCAAGUUUUGUCUUAACAGAAGCAACAUGGCGAGUAGUAGGUAUGGUGGGGGAAAGCCAAUCACAUUCUUCCCUGCUUUGAAAGUACUCACUGUAAAUGACAUGCAAAGCCUAGAGGAGUGGGUAGAAAUAGAAGGUGUGGUUGUGUUUCCUUGCCUAGAGAGGUUGCAAAUUUGGAGAUGUCCUAUGUUGAGGACUUGGUCGAUCAAUGAAUUUUCAACUCACCA